AUAGGCAUCAGAGAGGAGCUAACCGGGCUGCCCGGCUUCUCGUGGACCAGUAGCGGCCCUUAGUACCUUAAUCCUGGCCGCAGGGUUGACCAGGUUUGGGACACCAACUUCCAUGUCCGUCCUUUUGUUAUAAUAAGGCCAGCAGGACCCAGCGAUGUCUGCUCCGGGUCCCACUAACGUGGGUAGCUCCGUCAGCUACAAACAGAGCUCAGCGGCGAACGGUGGAGGAGCCCCCCGCUGUCAGAACGGUCCAGCACAGACUAUGUAUCCACCACCAACAGGCCACUAUGGAGCUCCACCUCAACAACAGAACUACCACAUCAACCCAGUCCAAUCCACUCCUGUUCAUGGCAAAGUCCCCAUUACGAACAAUACCCUGUCUCCUAACUACUACCACAACAACCAGCAGCAGCAGCAGCAUCUCCCUCAGCAGCAUGUAGCAAAUUCUUCUUACACUGCUCCAUGCUCUGCUUCUUCUUCACAGUCAUAUGCCUCCCUGCCGUCUUCAGCACCUCCACCUUCAAACACCCAGUACACACAACAUUCAUUCCAGCAGCGGCAUCCACCGUACACCACUCCAGCGUCCUACUAUGGACAGCAGUCCUACCAAGUUCCCCCUCCUCCUCUGCAUCAUCCUACAGUAGUUCCUGCACCAUCCAGUGGCUCAGAAACUCCUCUUCACCCCAUUGUUUCAUACCCAUCGUCACAAGGAAUCAGUCAGUAUGGCACCUUGAGUUCUUUACAAGGCACCUCCACACCCACAAUCAUUUCCAACCAAAUGGGUGCACCUCUACACCAAUACAACACCUCACAGCCAGCCCCCACCACACCAGUGCACCCUGGGUAUGGUGGCGGUCUACCUAGUCAGAUGGCACCACUCAUGAAUGGUCAAGGAAACCCAGUCCAGGCACCGUUGCAAAAACACUAUGACCAAAGCCACCAGACAUUGCAAAGCUACAACUCUUAUGGAGGAGUCGGUCACCACUCUGGUAGUGGAGAUGCAGAUCGAACCCCCUUAAGAACACCAUCCACUUCAGUUCAUUCUUCACCAGGUCACCACCAAGGCAUGCAGUAUGGUUAUGUGGGAAAUAAUGGAGCCAACUCUGCCUCUACCAUUGCCUCAGACCCAUCAGCAGCCCCCUCAACCUCCAGCUCUGACGAGGAUGAGGAUGAGGAUGAGGAUGAAGAAGCAGGUGGUGAUUCAACUUCUUCCUCCACUGGCAGUGCCUCUCCAGUGCCCAACAGCUAUGAUUCUCUAGAAGGUGGCAGCUAUCCAGAUGCCAUGCUGCCAUCUAAUAAUCUCACCAAUGAGGCCCAAGCCUAUUGUAACUAUGGUUACCCCAGCAUGCAGCAGGCUCCAGUCUCCUGCCCUGACUCAGCCUCCCCUAAUGCCAUGUAUGGACAGUCGAGCUACCAGCAGUUCUCGCAGCCUUUUCCAAACCUCUCCCAGCUGUCAGCAGCACUCGGGGGUCUGAGUGGGGUACCAGAGUUGGAGAUGGAGGCCCUAAGACCAGUUAAUCUGCUGCAGGAGAGGCUCCUGCUGCCCCGCAGACCUCUAGAGGCUCCUGAACCCAACAUCAGCGCCGACCUCAAAAAGGUCAACUGUAGUCCAGAGACUUUCAGGUGUACACUGACGAGUCUCCCACAGACCCAGGCUUUACUCAACAAAGCACGACUCCCCCUAGGACUUCUCCUGCAUCCCUUCAGGGACUUACAGCAGCUACCAGUGAUCACGUCAAACACAAUCGUACGUUGCCGCUUCUGUCGCACUUACAUCAACCCUUUCGUGACCUUCCUGGACCAGCGCAGGUGGAAGUGUAACCUCUGUUACAGGGUCAAUGAUGUCCCAGAUGAGUUUAUGUACAAUCCAGUCACCAGGUCGUACGGUGAGCCACACAAAAGACCAGAGGUUCAGAACUCCACUGUGGAGUUCAUCGCCUCCUCAGACUACAUGUUGAGACCCCCUCAGCCUGCAGUCUACCUGUUUGUCCUUGAUGUGUCCCAUAACGCUGUGGAAACUGGUUACCUGAAGUACUUCUGUGAAUCACUUCUUGAGAACCUGGAUAAAUUACCAGGGGAUAUGCACACCAGGGUGGGAUUCCUCACCUUCGACAGCACCAUCCACUUUUACAACCUGCAGCACGGACUCUCUCAGCCUCAGAUGCUGGUGGUGUCUGACCUAGAUGAUGUUUUCAUCCCGUCUCAUGACAGCCUGAUGGUGAAAUUGAAAGAGAGCAGAGAGCUGGUGAAGGACCUUCUGACCUCACUGCCGGCCAUGGUCAGUCAGACCAGGGAGACUCACAGUGCCCUCGGCCCAGCUUUACAGGCCGCCUUUAAACUCAUGUCUCCCACCGGAGGUCGCAUCUCAGUUUUCCAGACACAGCUCCCUUCACUGGGCGCUGGUCUGCUGCAGUCGAGGGAAGACCCCAACCAGCGCUCCAGCAGUAAGGGAGUCCAGCACCUCGGCCCUGCUACAGACUUCUAUAAGAAACUGGCCCUGGACUGCUCAGGGCAACAGAUCGGAGUGGAUCUUUUCCUACUCAGCUCCCAGUAUGCUGACCUUGCCUCAUUAGCUUGUAUCUCCAAGUACUCAGCGGGCAGCGUCUUCUACUUCCCCUCGUUUCAUCACAUCCACAACCCUACACAGCUGGAAAAGUUUCAGAGGGAUCUCGAGCGCUACCUCACCAGGAAGAUUGGCUUUGAGGCGGUCAUGAGAAUACGAUGCACUAAAGGUUUAUCCAUCCACACAUUCCACGGCAACUUCUUUGUGCGCUCCACCGACCUUCUGUCCCUGGCUAAUGUGAACCCUGAUUCGGCCUUCGCUGUUCAGAUGUCAAUUGAGGACUCUUUGGCCGAUUCGUCUCUUGCCUGUUUCCAGGCGGCCCUGCUCUACACCUCCAGUAAAGGAAAAAGGAGAAUCCGCGUUCACACUCUGUGUCUGCCUGUGGUCAAUCAGCUGAGUGAUAUUUAUGCCGGUGCUGACGUCCAAGCCAUCACUUGUCUGUUAGCCAACAUGGCCAUCGACCGGUCGAUAUCGUCCAGUCUUUCGGACGCUCGAGAUGCCCUGGUCAACGCUGUGGUGGAUUUUGCAAACUCUUAUAAGAGCAACGUGUCGAACCUGCAGCAGUCUGGCCUCGUCCUCCCUGCCUCCAUGCGCCUCUUCCCUCUUUACAUCCUGGCUCUGCUCAAACAGAAAUCUCUGCGGACAGGAACCAGCACUCGCCUGGACGAGCGUGUUUUUGCCAUGUGUGAUUUUAAGACGCAGCCACUUCAGCAGCUGAUGAGAAUGGUUCAUCCUGACCUCUACAGGUUGGAUGACAUGUCAGACCAGGGGGCACUCCAUCUUAACAACACAGUGGUACCACAGCCUCACCUGCUUCACCUGGCCGCAGAGAGACUGAGCAGAGACGGAGCUUUCCUCAUGGACUGUGGCACAACGUUUUACCUGUUUAUCGGCAAAUGCUGCAGUGAGAUGUUCAUUCAAGAUGUCCUGGGGUACCCCAACUUCACAUCAAUACCAGCCAAUAUGAGUUACAUUCCUGAGCUGGAGACUCUUCUGUCCGAGAGAGUGCGAGCGUUUGUCGACUGGCUGCAGGACAACCGAGCGUUCAGCUCCUCAAUUCACGUUGUCAAGGAUGAUGCUUCGUCCAAAACCACUUUUUUUCAGCACUUGUUGGAGGAUCAAUCGGAGUCUGCUUCGUCCUACCAAGAAUUCCUGAAACACAUUCAACGCCAAAUGUCCUAGUAGAGAGAAACGCUGACCCACACAGACGGGACGUGACAACAACAGGCUGCGGCCUCGUAGAAUUGAAAAGUAGGCCUUGUCAGUGACAGGACAGGACAGGACAGCUGUUGUGGGUUUAAAUCCACCUCCUGUUUUUAAACACGCUCUGAAACAAAGUGAUGCCCAAUGCUGUGAUUUUACAUUAGAAAGGGAUGAGAUGUGAAGAGUGAAAGAAAGCAAUUGAAGAAUGAAUGAAAAAACACGUAUUUGCUACAUGACACAUUGAAAAAAUGAAAACUUUUGAUCAGCGUCUCUGCGCUGUCUCCUUGUCAAGUAGACUUGUGAGGACUGAGGAGAAGAAGGUUGAGCCAAGAAGAUGCCACUUCAUUGUUGUUUUUAGUUGAACUUGUGUUUGUGAACCCAUCAUGUAGUCACCCUUGAUUUUAAACUUUUUUUUUUUUAUUCCCUUCUUCGCUCCCUGUGUUUGGUUUUGAAUACACUGGAGAACAGGACAUUCCUUCUGUUAAAUGGCACGUGCUCUGAAAUUAAGCAUGUCACUUUUUUUUUCUUGCUGCUAGACUGAAGUUAGAAGACAAACAGGGAAACAACUCAUGAACAAACCUCCCUUUUCCUUUUUCUGCUUUGUGAACUGAUUAUGUCCAGGUCAAUGUGUCAACAGUUUUAUUUUUGGAAUUUUUUUUUGUCUGUUUUCCCGGGCUCUAACUCUUGUUGCUCUUGACUUUGUAACUAUUGAAAAAAAAUAAAAAGAAUCUUUUAUGUCUGAUAAUUUAUGAACAAGCUUAUUAAAUAAAAUAAAAACCACAGUUUGCUUU